ACAACAUAAAUUAGUCCGUGUCCUGUGAUCAGUGCAUGACAUGCAAGCUAAGGAACCAAAGCACCCAGAAAAGAUAUAUAAGGACUGAGUUCCCUUUUCCUAGACAUCCUGCUACCUGCUACUGCAACUUCAUCUGAUCAUCACUACAAGAUGGCCUCAGGUCUUCAUUUCAUUGGGCUCCUCUGUAUGACCAGUGGGCUGUGGAUUGGAGCAAAUGCGCAAUGUGGAAAGAAAUCAGGUGAUUGCCCUGCGACCUGCCCAACUGGUUGGAUUCCUUUUGGCCAAAACUGCUUCCUGUUCCAGUUGGGUGAAAUGGACUGGGCUACUGCAGAGCGUUUCUGCACUUCUCUUGGUGGGAAUCUGGCCUCCAUUCAAACCCCAGAGGUGUACGCCUUCAUCAGAGAUCUGAUUUUCAGAUCGACUAACUCACAAAAAGCAACUUGGGUCGGAGGCUACGAUGCAGCGAAGGAGGGUGUGUGGCUGUGGAGUGAUGGUUCCAAGUGGGACUUCAAAGGCUGGGCAGCCGGGGAACCCAACAACGUUGGCAGAAAUGAGAACUGCAUGCACAUUAACUUUGCAGGAAGAGAUUAUGUCAACGAUUCCGACUGUGCUAGUAAGAAUUCUGUUAUUUGUGCCAAACGCCUGUGAAGAUCUUCAUCAUGUGCUGACACAUCUGCCCUGAGGAUCUCAAGCCUUGAUGACAGUGCUGGAAGACCAAUUGACAGUUAUGAUUUUAUUUCAGUUGAAUCACUCAAUAAAUGUAUCCUGUGCAGCAA